AUGAAGCGCCCCGUGGUGGACGAGGAGGGCUCGAAGACAUUGUGGAUUGAUGUUUGGGUUGAUAUCUUCAACUGCCUGAACAGCGCACAUGGCGCCGCUGAUCUCGGGCACGUGAUGACGAAAUUCAUGUUGGUUCCGUCAGCCGGGUUGGAGCGCAGCGAUGUAGGUGUGCUGCAGGAAAAAUCGAGCGUGUUUGCUGGUGGAGCCAUCGUACCCUUCGAAGAGCUCUUCACUGUCCCAGCUGCCGGUUGGCCUGAUUUGCCCGAGCCUGGCCCCGUUCCUGAGCUCAAGAUCCCCUGCGAGAUCCUCAGCCCGAAACUGUUGAAGCAAAUCCUCUGGGAGAUCGAGAAGGGCUUGUUCCAGAAGGAAUGGGAAAUCAUGACCAAUAUGCCCACCCCGAACGUCGUCAACCUUGGCCUGUACAUCCGCGUCGCUGCCGAGGGGGAGAAGGUGGAUAAGGGGGAGAAGGCGCCCAUGGUCCGACUGCAGGCUGGCCCUGGCGAUGCCGAUAAGAUCGACCUCAAGAAACUUGACGG